CGGCGGUCAGCGUGGUCUCUGGCGUUGCCGUGGUGACGUUCAGCACCGCCGGCAAGUCCUGUAACUUCAGCGCGUACGCAGACGACGCGCUGCCGUUCGUGGCCUGUGACCCGGACAAAGAGUCCCAGACCGGUUCAGCUGCCGGGUCUCCGGGCUGGACCCUGGGACCCGCUACCGGGUAACCGUGGCGUCCAUGACGGACGGAGAGAGCAGCAACGUGUCGCUGCUCACAGCACCGGCAUCCGUCCGUGGCCUCCAGGUGGCGCCCUCCGCCCCAGACGGCCUCCGUGUUUCUUGGCGGGCCGGUGCUGGCCGGAGCGAGCUCUUCAGGGUUCUGCUGAUGGACCGGGAUGAGGUUCUGCUGGAGAACAUCACUCUGCCAAACAGCGCCACCUCCGCUGAGCUGCACGGCCUGCAGCCUGGGACACGGUACACUGUCACCGUGGUAACGGAGGCCGUCGGCCUGCAGAGCUCCGCCUCCAAACAGGCAUUUACAGCCCCCGGUCCUGUGCAGCAGCUGCGUGUCCGCCACGCUGAUGAAUCCUCCUUGAGCGUGGUGUGGAGUCGCCCGCUCGGUGAAUGGGACGGCUUCACCGUGCUGCUCCGACAGGGGGAUGCCCCCCCCAUCCUGUCUCAGAGGAAUCUCCCUGGGGGGGCCAGAGGGUGCAUCUUCAACAUCCUGACCCCAGGACGCCUCUUCAACAUCACUGUGACAACCAACAGUGGCAACUUGAGCACCUCCGCCGCCAUGCCCGCACGGACCCGUCCGGCCCAGGUCGGCGGUCUGCGGGUCUCUAACCUUGGCAGCACCGACACCCUGCAGACACAGUGGGACCGCGCCGCCGGAGACCUGGACUCGUACCGAGUCCUGCUGGUGCACGACAGCAGCGUUAUCAAGAACGAGAGCGUGGCGGCGGACGCCCCCGGCGUGGCGUUCCAGGGUCUGAGGCCCGGCGCCCUCUACCAGGUGGUGGUGACGUCGGUCCGAGCCGGACAGACGUCCAGACAGACCAUCGCAGAGGGACGCACGGCCCCUGCUGCGGUUGCCGAGGUGAUGGUCAGUAACCAUGGCCGUAUGGACUUCCUGAGCGUGUCGUGGCGUCCUGCGGCCGGGGACGUGGACGGCUACGUGGUGACGCUGAGCGACAGCAGGGGGACGCUCCACGCCGUCUCCGUGGUUACGUCCAGCCCCGAGUGCGUCUUCACGUCGCUGGUGUCCGGACGCCUCUACAACGUCUCCGUCUCCGCGCGCAGCGGCGCCCAGCUCAGCCACGCCGUCGUCCAGCAGAGGACGCAGCCGGCCCCGGUCCAGAACCCAACGGCGACGCACGGCGCCCGGGACGACUACCUGAAGGUGUACUGGCGCCCGGCGGCCGGGGACGUGGACUUCUACGUGGUGUCCAUCCGGCAUAACAACGCGCUGGUGCAGAACCUGACGGUGCAGGGGACCCAGGCCCAGUUCAGCGGCCUGGUGCCCGGCAGACUCUACACCGUGCUGGUGAGCACCUGGAGCGGGACGGCCCAGGCCAGCACCUCCACCCACGGACGCACCCUCCCGGCGGCGGUCCAGUCUCUGGUCCUAGCGGGCCAGGGGACCGAGGACCUGCGGGUGACGUGGUUGGCGGCCCCGGGUGACGUGGACCACUACGAGGUGCAGCUGCUGUUUAACGACAUGAAGGUGUUUCCCCCGGUGACGCUGGGCGCCGGCGUGGGGGCGUGCUCGCUGGCGUCCCUCACACCCGGACGUCUCUACAAGAUCCUGGUGUCCACCUUCAGUGGACCCAACCAGAGGACCAGCUUCAUCCAGGGACGUACAGUUCCCAGUAAAGUGAAGAACAUCCAGGUGAGUAACGGGGGGGACAGCAGCAGUCUGCAGGUGAGCUGGACCCCUGGCCCGGGGGACGUGGACGGGUACUCGGUGUUUCUGUCCCAAGAGGACAGACAGCUGGACGUCCGUCCCAUCCUCAAGCAGCACAGCGAGGUGACGUUUGGCUCGCUGCAGCCGGGACAGACGUACACCGUGACGGUCCAGUCGGUCAGCGGAGACCUGGUCAACACCAACACGGCCGCCGGGCGCACCGUCCCUGCAGCGGUGACCAGUCUCCAGGUGGACCCCCUCUCCACCUCCAGCCUGGCGCUCCGCUGGCAGGAAGCUCUCGGCGUGGCAGACGGCUACUUCCUGCAGCUCCUGGACGACACAGGAAGUCAGCUGACUCACUACUUCCUGUCCUCCGGAAUCACAGCGUUCACGUUCCACGACCUCACCCCCGGGAGAAAGUACCGAGUCAUGGUCCAGACCACCAGCGGGGGGGUCUACAGCCUGGGGGUCAGCGCCGCUGCUCGCACACGCCCUGCAGCCGUCUCCGACCUCUCGGCUGAAGCCGACUCCUCCACCGCUCUGUCGUUCCGCUGGUCUCCGCCUGACGGAGACUUCGACCGCUACGACAUCUCGUUGUAUAAAAGCGACGAGUCGCUGCAGGAGCGACGCCGCGGCCAGUCCAGCAGUCAGCAGGCCUCCUUCCAGGGUCUCCGGCCUGGCGCCGCAUACCGCAUGGUGGUGGUCACGCUCAGCGGAGAAUACAGCAACCAAUCAGCUGUCUGGGCCCACACAGUCCCGGCCGCCGUGGCGUCUCUGACGGCUCGCAGUGGGAACCAGUCUGACGCUCUCUGGGUGAGCUGGGAGCGUGGCGGCGGCGAUCUGAGCGGCUUCCUGCUGUCGCUCUACAACCCGGACGGCUCCCAGCGUUCUGAGCAGGCGCUGGGUCCGGAGGUCAAACACUUCCUCUUCUCGGACCUGGUUCCGGGGCGGCUGUACCGGGCCGAGCUGAAGACUCUCAGCGGAGAGCUUAGCAACAGCGCCAGCAAGCUGGGGCGCACCGCUCCGAGCCCUCCCGGCUCCAUCUUGUUUGGAGGGGUCACCAACACCUCCCUUGAGAUCACGUGGAGCGUUCCCGCCGACUCCGACUUCGACGACUUCGACCUGGACUGGACUCCUCGGGACCAGCUGGCCGUCAUCAACCCGUACCACAGCCCCACGGCCGGCAGCCGCAUCCUGAGAGGGAUGUUCCCCGGCCGGCGGUACACCUUCAGCCUGCGCAGCGUCAGCGGCGCCGCCGGGCCCAGCGCCACGCGCACCUACAGCACCCCCAUCCACAACAGCAUCCGCACCAAGCCGGAGCGAGUGCGCGGCCUUCACUGCCGUCCUCAGAGCUCGACCUCUAUCUCGUGUGCGUGGGCGCCGCCGGACGCCGACUAUGACUCGUACACCAUCGAGUGUCUGCAGCAGGACUCGCGGGUCCUGGUCUACUCGCGGCGCACCGGCAGGGACACCACGGCGUACCGCAUCACGCAGCUGGAGCCGCACCGGCGCUACAGCGUCUCGGUGAAGGUCAUCUCGGACGGGACGACCAGCGCCGAGGCCCGGGACAGCGUGGUCACCAUGAUCGACC